AUGCCAGGCCCUAUGUCUGAUGCGCACGGCUCUGCGGAUAUCACCGCAGAGCUUAACCUACAGUCACGGUUGGUGAUGGCUCCUCGAGCUUGUAAAGCGAGCGAUGAUACUGAUGUCUGUGCCUCUCUUUCUUUGCCGAAAACAGAACAGGAUUCAGGUCUUUCUUCUGAGGUCAAAGACCAUGUGGCUCUCCAUGCCAAUUCCAGUAAACGUACCCCCUCGGACGAUGAUGACGGUCGCGUGGCCACCGAAGAUGAAGUGCGCGAUCUCCUCCAUGUCGUUGACAAAAUUCCGGUUCGGCUCUGGGUAGCAUGCCUCGCGGGUAUUCUAGAACGCUUUGUCUGGUACGGGGCAACCGCUCCUCUACAGAACUACCUGCAAAAUGCACCUGGUGGUGAGGUACCGGGAGCACUGGGCUUGCAUCAGGCCACUGCAUCGAACAUCGUCAAUGCACUGAUCAUCGGGUCGUAUAUCGUUCCCGUGCCUGCUGCCGUUCUUGCCGAUAGCUGGCUCGGCCGCUAUAAAACCAUGAUAUACGCUGCUAUAAUUGAGGCCAUCGGGGCAACUGUUCUUUUCGCGACGUCCCUGCCCGUCGCCAUUCAUGAGGGGGCAGCUUUGGCCGGAGUGGUAACUGCCUGUAUACUGCUAGCCGUUGGAUCAGGUGCAUUCAAAACUACGGUAGUACCAUUCAUUGCCGACCAAUAUGACGAGACCGAGUUUCGAAUCAAGACUCAGCAAAAGGGAAAGAGUGUUGUCACUAGCCGGGAGUUGACCAUUACCUAUAUCUACAACGUCUUUUACUGGGCUAUUAACGUUGUCGGUUUCGUGGCCGAUUCCACGCCGUUGUUGGAACGAUAUGUUGGUUUUUGGCUGGCUUACUUGGUCCCAUGCUGCGCCAUGUGGUUAGCCCUGAUCCCGAUACUAUUCGGCCGCAAGUACUUUAUCCGGGAUUCGCCAACCAGCAACAUUAUGCCCCAGGUAUGCUCUGCCUUGCGAUGUGGGAUCGCCGGUGGCUUCAAAAUGGAUGCCGCAAAGCCAGACGCCCAGCUUCAUCAACACAGUCGCCAGGUCCCCUGGACAGACUCAUUUAUUGAAGAAAUUAAGAGAAGUCUUCUGACCUGCCGAGUACUACUUCUGUUCCCUAUUCACUGGCUCUGCUAUAACCAGACAUUCAACAACUUGAUCUCUCAAGCAGGCCAGAUGGUCACCUACGGUAUUCCGAACGAUAUGAUGAAGAUUGCUGGGGCCAUCUCGGGGAUCAUCAUUGCGCCUAUUAUUCAGAAAGGACUCUAUCCUUACCUUACAAAGAAGCGAGUCUCAUUUGGACCGAUUUCACGGAUGACGGUCGGAUUCGUCUUCCUGACUCUCUCCAUGGCUUACACCACGGUGGUUCAGAAGCUUCUCUAUCAGACUGGGCCUUGCUACGACACACCACUCGCAUGUGCUGCUGCCAAUAAUCGCACUAUCCCCAAUCAAAUUUCGGUCUUUCUCCAAGUUCCAACGUACUUUGGUGGAGCAUUGGCGGAGGUGUUUUGCCUUACCACGGGAACCGAGUAUGCUUAUAACCAUGCACCUAAGAGUAUGAAGACCCUGGUCCAAGCAAUCUGGCUCGGCAUGGCUGGGGUUGGAACCUGUCUUGCCCUCGCCUUCACCCCGCUCACCAAGGACCCGCAUCUGGUCACGAUGUAUGCCAUCCUGACCGGGCUUCUCGGUGGAGCAAGCAUUCUGCUGUGGGUUCUAUUCCGACGCUUGGACAAGUUGGAGAUCAAGGAGGACGUUUAG